AUGGCAGCUUUCAACCUCACCCCCUCUGACCCUUCAACGUUCACACUAACUGGCAUCCCUGGCCUGGAAGCUUUUCACAUCUGGAUUUCCAUCCCUUUCACUAUGUUCUAUAUUAUUGGCCUGUUGGGAAAUUUCAUGCUUCUGUUUGUUGUGCGCAAAGAGCAGACCCUGCACAAGCCGAUGUACCUGCUGCUCUGCCUGCUGGCAGUCACUGAAAUUGGCACAUCUACGUCCAUUGUGCCAAAUGCACUGUGUAUAUUUUGGUUCAAUUUGAAAGCCAUUACUGUAGGAGGCUGCCUCACUCAGAUGUUCCUCAUUCACGCAGGUUCUGCUAUGCACUCAGCUGUCCUUGUGACAAUGGCCUUUGAUCGCUAUGUUGCCAUAUGUAACCCUCUGAGAUACACCUCCAUCCUCACCAACACACGAAUAGCUAAGCUAGGGCUCGUGGGUUUGAUAAGAGCUGUUCUCUUCAUUCUGCCCCUGCCCCUGCUCCUGAGCAGGCAGCCAUUCUGUGCCAACCACAUUAUCCCCCACACGUACUGCGACCACAUGGCUGUGGCAAAGAUGUCGUGUGGGGACAUCACAGUCAACAGGACAUAUGGCUUGGUGCUACCAUUUGUAUUCAAUGGAUCAGACCUGACGCUCAUUGCCCUGUCCUAUGGCCUGAUCAUCAGGGCCGUCCUCAGAAUCUCCUCCAAGGAAGCCCACCAGAAAGCCCUCAGCACCUGUACAGCCCACAUCUGUGUGAUGUUCAUGUCCUAUCCUUCCUUCUUCUUCUCCACUCUGACAUACCGGUUCGGUCAGGGCAUUGCUCCCCACAUUCAUAUCAUCUUGGCCAACCUCUAUUUCCUCAUCCCCACCAUGCUCAACCCUAUCAUUUAUGGGGUCAAAAACAAAGAGCUUCGUGAGAAAGUGGGCAAAUACACCUGCAGAAUGUACUCACCUGGGGGCCACUGA